AUGUUAUCGACUAUUUUUGCUGCAGCUUCAUUGCUGCCUCUGCUCGUCUCAGGUCAGCAGCUCAUUGAAGAUCCUGGAAAGGCGGGACCUGCUUUGGAAGUCGUUCAUUUGUACUAUGAUGAAUGGCCUACUGGUAUUGCUGUAUCCUCGACUGGCCGCAAGUUCUCGAAUUACCCUGGUGCUUUGGACAAGAACAACACGAACAAUGGCUCCAACGGCAAAUACACUGUGGCCGAAUUGACCUCGAACUCCACCGAGGCAGCUUACCCCAAUGCUGAGUGGAACAAUCCUCCAGGAGGAGCUAUCAACUACACCACGUAUCCUCCUACAGGAGCAAACUACCAAAACCACUUUAUCGGCGUUCAGAGUGUUGUAAUCGAUUCACUCGACCGUCUCUGGGUUCUCGACACAGGCAGAGUUCAAGAGCCUAACGGUACCAUUGUCAAUGCCGUCGUUGGUGGGCCCAAGCUGGUUGGUAUCAACCUGUCGAACAACACUGUGUUCCAGACCAUCAUCUUCCCUGCAAACGUCGCUCCUGGAGACUCGUACUUGAACGAUGUCCGCUUUGACCUGCGUCCAAACGUCACAGCCAGCGGCAAGGGAAUCGCCUACAUAACUGAUUCUUCCAUCGAGGGUCGCACUGGCCUUGUGAUUGUCGAUCUCGGCACCGGCGAGUCCUGGCGUCACUUGGACGGCUCUCAAUAUGUAGCACCCGCUCAACAGUUCCUUGCCUACGUCUGGGGCGUGCCCAUCUAUGCCUUCCAGGCUGGACAACCGCUCAGCUUCCAAGGCUUUGGAGCUGAUGGUAUUGCUCUUUCUGCUGAUGGUGAAAACCUCUUCUUUGGUGGUGUGGGUAAAAGAUAUUUGUACUCGAUCCCGACUGCUAGAUUGCGUGCCAACGGACCAUUCUCGGAAGCUCUUGCUCAGGCGUCAGUGGUCAGCCGUGGUCAAAAGGGUGUCUCGGAUGGUUAUGAAACUGAUACUAAUGGAUACAUCUACCAUGGCAACGCGGAGCAGAAUGCCAUCAGCUUUUACAACCCUGCAAAUGGAACUGAUUCGCUGUUCGUGCGCGAUCCUCGCCUCAACUGGAUUGAUACGGUGAGUUGCUGUCAGUGUUUCUCGACGUCGGUCCUUGCUAAUAGAGUUUUCGUAGNNAUGAGCACGGGUACCGAUGGUUACCUUUACUUCACCAACAACCAGCUUGCCUUUGGUCCUCUCGUCUGGCCUGGCACUGAUAGAAGACAGCGUCCCUUCGCUCUCUUCCGCGUCAAGCUUCCCAACAACGCAACCAAGCCGCUGUUGGUCUAA